UUUUUUUUUUUAAAUAUGAAUUUUUACCUCAUCUUUAUUAUUUACAUUCUGCUGAAGGAAACAAAAGCUUUUCCAGAAAAACGUGAGUUAUAUAAUGAAGAAACCUUAAUGACUAAUUCAAAUAAUUCACGUAUUUUGAAUCAACGUAAUCUUCAUAGCAGCUCAUCAAGAUUAAAAGAUUCAGAUAAAAUAUCGUUCCCUAAUGAGGAAUCAGGUAUAGACACGAUAUUUAAUUACACACCAGUAUCAGCACCAGCGCCCAGUUGCUUCAAUGCAACAUUUUGUGAGCACGCGGCAAAUUAUCCAAAAGAUUUUGUAAAAGUAACUCUGAGAAAUAGAAACGAUUUGAGACAUUUAGCUUUCGUUGAUGAUUAUCAGUCUACUGAAAUCGACCAACGAAUUGAUGCCAGUGAUGAUGACACUCUCUGUCAAACUCAUGAAACUGUAGUAUUUCCAAAGACAGCCGAAAAUAAAAAAAAGGAAUGGCUGUUUGUCGUCAACGAAGACGAUUUUCCUCAGGGCGUCCGUAUUGAAAAGUGCAUGACUGAGAACAGCAGCUGCAAAUUAAUAGAAGGAUUCGCUGACGGAUACGCGACAACUUGCAAGCAGAAGUACAUUUAUCGUCAGCUGGCGGCGAUAAAACCUGACGGAGCCAUAGGAUCAGAUUUAUUUCGGUUUCCAUCGAGUUGUUGCUGCCACGUUAAAUUCGUCGGCUUGCCGAUGCAGAGAAUCGGGUUCUCUAGAAUUGAUAACAAUUAAAAUAAAUAAUAAUAAUUAUAAUUAUAAAUAAGAAAAUUCAUCACACGUCCAACCAUUUCCUCUACUCACGUCCAGCGAUCAUAAGGAAAAAGGAAAUGACGUCGGGUUUUAUAAUUAGCGAGUAAUUAAAAUAAGUUGAC